UGGUGUUUCUGGGCUUUGGGUUUCUGCUAGGAUGAUGGGGUUGCAUCUGGAUUUUGGGCUGCUCCUGGAGCCCCUGGGCUUCAUCAAGGUCCUYGAGUGGAUUUUUUCCAUCUUUGCUUUUGCCACGUGUGGAGGCUUUCAAGGUGAAAUUACCCUUUUGGUUUCCUGUAAGGGAGUGGAAAAUGAAACAGUUACAGCYGCUUUUGCUUAUCCAUUCAGGUUAAAUACUGUUGUGUUUAGUGCACCAGACCCGAUGCGCUGCGGUGAUACUUGGACUGACUUCUAUCUUGUGGGCAACUAUGCCUCUUCUGCGCAGUUUUUUGUCACGCUCGCAGUGCUGGCAUUCCUCUACUGCACUGCUGCCCUUGUUGUGUACACUGGAUACAUGCAUGUGUACCAGCGCAACAGCAAGUUUCCACUGACUGACUUGAUAGUCACUGUGGUAACAGCCUUCCUGUGGCUGGUCAGUACCGCUGCUUGGGCCAAAGCGGUUGCUGACAUCAAAAUCUCCACUGGUGGCAGCAUUAUUCUGGAAGCUGAGUCUUGUAAAGCCCCAGGAACAAGCUGUGUUCUUGAGUCUGUAACCCACAUGGGAACUCUGAACGUGUCAGUGAUGUUUGGUUUGCUUAAUAUGGUCCUGUGGGGAGGAAAUGUUUGGUUUGUGUACAAGGAUACCAACUUGCACAACCAAAUAAACAAGACUUCUCUAAGCUCAGGAAUAUAUCCAAGAAGAAUAUAAAAACAAGGAGAUGCUCCACUGCUUCUGCUUCAUCACACUGCCAACCAUCUGGAUUCACUAAGAUUUAUUUCAGUAAUUGAUGACACUUUGGACCAACUUCUGUACUAUGGUUUGACACAAGAUCUUGGCUAUCCUAGUUGAAGCAUUUAUUAUCUCAAGAUAUUAAGCCUUUGAAAGUUGUGCAGCUUUUUAUGACAGUUUUGAAGAGCRGAAUGUUAAGAUUAUCUCUAUGCUGACCCCUUCGAGAGGGUUCUUAAGCUAUUGUCAUAGAAGGUAUGGGUUAGGAGAGCACCUGCAUUUGGUUUAUUGUUAGAACUAAGUAAGCUGCAGCAAGCCUUGUUUGARAACUAGUAUGUAAAUCCAACUAGGAUGUGGGAAAUACCACUGAAAAUACAGUUGAGCUUUAGGAGUGAUAUCUUAUGAAAGCAAUCAGUAAAACUUACAGAUCUGUCAGUUGCAGCUAUCAGAUGUUUGUAGAACUCUUCUACUGCUGUAGCAAAAACCUACUGACAAGUCUGAAAGGGUCUUAUUUCUGUAUUGAAUGCAUUGGUACUGGGUAAUGGCUUGGGGCAGUCUCCAAACAAGAAAAGAGCUUACAGUGUYGCUAUAAAGUCACAAUUUACUAAAUCAAUCAUGUGUACAGUAAAUGCCCUUGAAAGUAUUGUCCCAAGUUGACUCAAGUUCUGUAGAGCUCGGUGUAAAUAUACCCCAGCUUGCUUUGGGCUUCUGUAAAAUCCUUUGAGGUGCAUGGGCAGUGGUUGUAUAUGAAGGCAUACCACUAGAGAUGUCUGAAUGUGACAAAUUCUUAGUUGACACUGUUCUCUUUGUUAAUACUUAUGGGGAGCAAUACUUGGUUCUUCUUGUGCAGGUCUCUUUACUGAGAUAGCCAACUUACUGUGGAUUGUCCAAAAAUGARUGUUUGGGUAGAUCCUCUAAACAAGCUGCUCUUCAGUCAAUUUCUGAUUCUUAGACUGUUUGUGAUUUAAAAAUAGGCAUAACAGUGUGUAUGUAACACUGCUUAGUGUGUCAGAUACUGAUGUUGAGAGUGAACUUUUGAGACAAAGGGCAUAA